UGUAAAUCAGGAACAGUCAUCUGAGGCAGUGUUCGCUUGGACCUGAAACAUUAACUCUGAUUUUUUUCUGCACAUUAACUUUUGUGCAGCUGAGUAUUAGGGUUCAAGAAAAGAGAAAUCCAGGGGUAGUACUAGCUUUGCGAAAUCAGCUGCUUAUGAAAAAUCUGGAACCAUGCUUGUAAGUGAGUUCCGGAAGGCAGUCUCCAGACUUUCUGAAAACAUUUUCUCUGGAAAAGAAGAUGACCGACCAGAUUGUGAGCCAGACAUUAAUUUGAGACAGUCUAUGACAAAGCAGCCCCUGAUGGAUUUUCAAAACCAGCCGGCAACAUUCCAAUUUAGCUGAAGACAAACAUGACACAAAGGACAGAAAAGUGAAAAAUUGAAGCUGCUAGUUCUGUUGCUCAGAGAUGAAAAUGGCUUCUACUUCAGCUGUUGGUAAUUUGAAAGAAGAAUUAAAUUGUUCAAUUUGCUGGAAUAUUUACACAGAACCAGUUUCACUGUCCUGCGGGCAUAAUUUCUGUCGUAGUUGCAUUGAAAAGAACUGGGACAAAAAAGACACAGGGCUUGGUUACUCCUGUCCAGAAUGUCGAGCUGAGUAUGCUCAAAAGCCUGUGUUACACAAAAAUUUGAAACUAAGUAAUAUAAUAGAACGCUUUGAAGCCACACAGAUGAAUGAAGAACCGCCAAAAAUCUUCUGUGAUUUCUGUUUGGAUAAUCCCCUCCCUGCAGUGAAAACAUGCAUGAACUGUGAAGCAUCUUUAUGUGAGCAUCAUUUGAGAAAACACUCUGAGAAAACUGCUCAGAAAAAUCACCUAUUGAUUGAACCUGCAAGUUCACUAGAAGACAGAAAAUGUUCAGAUCAUGAGAAGCUCAUUGAAUAUUACUGCCUGGAUGACCAUUCCUGUAUCUGCGUGACAUGCUAUGUUGCUGGCCCACACAAAAAUCAUGACAUACGCAUUCUGAAAGACAUACACAAUGAGACAAAGGCCAGCCUUUCUGAAAAACUGGAGAAGCUGCAGAGUUGCCGAGCAACUUUAGAGGAAGCUACAAAGGAAUUGCAAGGAACUGAAAUGAACUUAAAGAAAGACAGCGCUGUUUUGAGAAAACAAAUUUCUGACUUGUUUCAAGAAAUCAGGAUGCUGUUGACCAAACAAGAAAAGCAAAUUUUAGACACAGUUAUAACAGAAAAAAAUAUAAAUCUUUCAAAAGUCUUAAAGAAAAUACAAGAAUUAGAAAUUAAAAGAGAAGUUAUUACUCACCUUAUUCAGGAAGUACAAGACCUGAAAAAUCAAAAAGAUCCAUUGUUCUUUAUUAAGGAUUUCAAAUCUACUUAUGAAAGAAUUUCUAACAACAACACUGAAGUAGAAAAAUUGAAGGUGUCCUGGAAGAAACUUGAUGAAAACACGAUAUCAACCAUUAAACAGGAGACUAAACGAAUCUUUGAGAUGUUAAAUACGAUCAUUUUUGACCACCCUGUUCAGUCCAAUGAUGAAGUGGCGGAAGAAAGGUUUACAGUGGAAGAUGAGAAUGAGGAGGAAAAUUUACCGGAUACAAUGAAACCUGUAGGAAGUGGAGACAUCAGAAGAACCCAAUACACAUCUCUAUUUUGCAAAGAUGUGCCAAUCCCAUUAGUGCCGGAGAGGCCAACCAGAUCAAGCAUCAAGAUCAUCACCAGAGGAGCUCAAGAAGCAUCACCGUCAUCUCUGCCACAGGAGCGGUCAAUGCAACUAGUCACCUCUGAACAAGCAGUUGUAGCACAGCUGGUGGAGGAAGCAGUGUCCAGACCAUCCACAAGGCUACGAAAAAGCAGCCCGUAAUAGGAUGCAGAAAGUCAGGUGAUGGGGUGUCCAACAUUUAGAUUCUGACUCCCCUAUGAAGAGAGGAUCUCGGCCCUCAGCAAUGAUGAGUAGGACCGGUCCUAUGAAGAUGCCAAAACUUCCAAGUCCUGACAAUCAAGUAGGAUCCAUUGUCCAUUAUUGAGCUAUUUUCCCGUUACUUCCAUGGUGAAGCUACUGUUAACAUGCCUGAACAUCUACCCUUCAUUGGAAAUGCAUUCUUUCUUUUGUCUCUUGAGAUAUCAAUGAUAUAAGCAGUGUUGGCAGCAAAGAGGCCAGCAGUAAACAGGAAAACAGGCUUGAACAGAUCAAGAUUGAGGAAGUUGAUGUACUAGAAAUUUUGGCCAACAUUAAGAUUGAUAAGUCCCCAGGACAAGACCAGAUUUAUCCUAGGUUGCUACGGGAAGCAAGAAAGGAGGUUGCUAAGCCGCUGGCGAAGAUCUUUACUUCCUCACUCUCCACUGGAGUCGUACCGGAAGAUUGGAGGGAGGCAAAUGUUGUUCCUCUUUUCAAGAAAGAGAAUAGGGAAAUCCCUGGAAAUUACAGACCAGUUAGUCUUAUGUCUGUGGCCAGCAAGGUUUUGGAAAGAAUUCUGAGGGAUAGGAUUUGUUACUAUUUAGAAAAGCACAGCGUGAUUAAAGGGAGUCAGCAUGGCUUUGUGAGGGGCAAGUCAUGCCUUACAAAUCUUGAGUUCCUUGAGGAAGUCACGAAACAGGUUGACGAGGGUCAAGCGGUGGAUGUGGUGUACGUGGACUUCAGCAAGGCAUUUGAUAAGGUUCCCCACGGCAGGCUCAUUCAUAAAGUCAGGGGGUAUGGGAUACAGGUGAUUUGGCUGUCUGGAUUCAGAAUUGGUUGGUUGACAGGAGGCAGAGAGUGGUUGUAGAUGGUAAGUGUUCUGCCUGGAGGUCAGUGCUGAGUGGUGUCCCGCAGGGAUCUGUUCUUGGGCCUCUGCUCUUUGUAGUUUUUAUAAAUGACUUGGAUGAGGAGGUUGAGGGGUGGAUUAGUAUGUUUACUGAUGACACAAAGGUUGGAGGUGCCGUUAAUAGUAUCGAUGGCUAUUGCAGGCUUCAGCGAGACAUUGUCAGAAUGCAGAGCUGGGCUGAGAAAUGGCAGAUGGUGUUCAGCCUGGAUAAAUGCGAAGUGAUGCAUUUUGGAAGGUCGAACUAAAAUGCUGAAUAUAGGAUUAAAGGCAGGAUUCUCGGCAGUGUGAAGGAACAGCGGGAUCUUGGUGUUCAAGUGCAUAGCUCCCUCAAAGUUGCCACCCAAGUGGAUAAGGUUGUUAAGAAAGCAUAUGGUGUUUUGGCUUUCUUUAACAGGGGGAUCGAGUUUAAGAGCUGCGAGGUCAUGCUGCAGCUCUACAAAACCCUGGUGAGACCACACUUGGAAUAUUGUGUCCAGUUCUGGUCGCCCUAUUAUAGGAAAGAUGUGGAGGCUUUGGAGAGGGUGCAAAGGAGGUUUAGCAGGAUGCUGCCUGGACUGGAGGGUUUGUCUUACGAGGAGAGGUUGACUGAGCUCGGACUUUUCUCUCUGGAGAGAAGGAGGAAGAGAGGUGACCUGAUCGAGGUGUACAAGGUAAUGAGAGGCAUGAAUAGAGUCGAUAGCCAGAGACCUUUCCCCAGGGCAGGAUUGACUGCUGAGAGGGGUCAUAGUUUUAAGGUGUUAGGAGCAAGGUAUAGGGGAGAUGUCAGAGGGAUGUUCUUCACCCAGAGAGUUGUGAGCGCAUGGAAUACUUUGCCAGUGGAAGUUGUGGAAGCAGCGUCAUUAGUGACAUUUAAGUGACUGCUCGACAUGCACAUGGACAGCAGUGAAUUGAGGGGAAUGUAGGUUAGGUUAUUUUAUUUUUGGAUUAGCAUUAUUGCAAGGCACAACAUGGUGGGCCAAAGGGCGUGUACUGUGCUGUACUUUUCUAUGUUCUAUGUUCUAUGUUCUAUGUUCAGUACAAGGUAUCUACUCCUUAACCUCUGAGGAAGUAAACAGAGAUGCCUCAGAGGACACACCAGCAAAGCCGCCACCUACAAUCUCCGUCAGCUCAGAUACUGAUGCUUCACCGAAGAUGUUAAACAAGAUUAGAAUUGGGACCGCACUGAUUGGGAUAUGCCCUAGUUUACUGGCAAUUUCUGCAAUACCCAGCCCCAGACAGGAGAGGAUUGCAUGGUGCCAACCAUUAACAACUUCAAUCCAAUUGAACAAAGAACUAUGAAUGCUAGAGAUCUAAAAGAAAAAAAAAUGCAGAAAUUGCUGGUGAAAUUCACCAGUUCUGAUGAAGAAUCACUGGACUCAAAAUGUUAACUCUGCUUUCUUCCUACAAAUGGAACCAGACCUAUUGAGUUUUGCCAGCAACUUUUGCUUUUGUUUAACAACUUUAUUCAAAUGCACAAACAGGAAAUAGGAGCAGCUGGUUUCUCUGGAGCACUGUGCCAACUGACACAGGGGUGGCAGGAUUGCACCAAUGCUGUUGGCACCAUUUUGACUCUGGUGUGUGAACAUCUGGCUGCCUCCAAAAACAAGUUGGCAGCUGCCAAUGGAGAGCCAAGUCCAGCAAUCUCGGUAUCUGAUGGAUGUGCACAGAGAUCUGUAAUACAUCGCUCAAGCCAUUGGAUGUGCAGCAUCAGCAGCAAGACAACAGGGGAAUGUGGACACCAUUCCUGGUGCCCCUUCUUCAUAAGGUGACAGAGUGGUGCUCGCAGACACUGAGCUGGAGGAGGAACCUCAAAGAUGCACGCCAGAAGUCUCCUUUCAAGACACUCUAGAGGUGAAUGGGCAUUCCAUUUCCAUCCAGCUGUCACCCUUGGACCUGUGGGACUUCAAGCCAUGGAGGGUGCACUGCCUCUGACGGAAUACACUGAGCAUAUCUGUGCCAUCUAGUCACAAAUACAUCUGGAGUCUCGUGAUCAAAUCUUCAAGGUCAAUAGGCUCCACUCCUGCCCUGUCUGUGAAAGCCAAAAUUGCACCAAGGCCUGUAAUGGAAAGAAAGAAAACAAUCCCCUGAGGGCUUAUUGGUGACACAGGUGACACUCAACAAAUGUAAAAACAUCUUUACAAUUAAUAAAUGUUCACUUUUCAUCAAA